AUGUCUAAAUAAUUAUAAAAUGAGAAAUAAUAAAAUGUCAUUCAGGCUUCAGGCUUACAAGAAGCAUAUGAAUGUAAAAUAUAUCAAUAUAAAAGAUUUACUAAGGUAAUUAUGCAAGAAAGGAUUACCAACUGGAAAUGUUUAUGAAUUUUCUGCUCAAACAAUAUUGAAAUAUGAAAAAAAAUUAAAAAAUGAUAACAUAUAAACUAAAGCUAAUUAAGCUGCUAAAGAAGCACAUGGUAUAUUUAGAAUUCAUUUUAGAAAAAUAUCUUAAAAAGAUGCAAGAAAAAGAACAAAAGAAUUUAGAAGAAGUUUCAAAGUAUGAAUUGGCAUUUAGAGAAGAAUAAAAGAGAAAAGAAUUAUAACAUUAAUCACUUUCUUAAGAACCAGCUUAAAGAAAUAGCAUAGGAAAAUAGAGUAUAGAUUUGAAAAAUUAACAAAUUGAAAAAGUUGAUUAAUCCCCAACAAAAGGAGAAAAGAAGUAAUAAAACAUCUAGUCAUCUCCACCUAAAUAAGAAGUUAAAGCUUAGAAAUAAGAACCAGAAUAGGUCGUGUAACAACAAACUUAAAAUUAACAAUAAUAAUAAGGAUAAGGUUAAUAACAAUAAUAAAAUAAUAAUAAAAAAGGAUAGGUUUAAAAUUAAAAAAAAGACACAAAAAAAUAAAACCAGAAUGAUUAAUCUAUAUUAAAGGAAUUAAAAUUAGAAGAGUAAAAAGAAUAAUAAAAAUAAUAAGAAUAAUAAUAAAAGCAGCAAGAAUAAUAAUAAUAAUAAUAAUAAUAAUAAUAAUAAUAAUAACAAAACAAAAUAAAUGAUAUCAAUAAAGAACAGCCAAAAGAAUAAUAAAAAUAAGAUAAUAAAAAAACAAGCAAGAAAAAGUGA